AUGGGGUUUUUCAAACGGCUACGGGCAAAGACGAGGAGCCGCGGGGGGAAACGGGAUCUCUACGGAGAGCAGGAUCAGGACCAGUAUCAGCCAUAUGCGCAGUAUCAGCAGCAGCCAGGAGGGAGCUUUGGUCGACGGCCGGCACGAGACUACACGAAGACACUGCCGCCGAAUGUGCUGUCGAAUAUCUUCUACCAAGUAUGCCCGCAUUCACGGGAUACGUCGCUGACAUCGUCAGAGGAGUCUAUGACGGAGGAUGGCACAGAACAUACUGUACGUUCAUCCAACACUGGGAAGACAUGUCUGUCUCUUACAAAUUUAGGAACUAACAAGCAGAAAUGGACAACUAGAUACCAGCAUAUUCGCAUUGAUGCGGUGCACUACUGCGAGCUGGAGAUCGAGCUGGCGGCUAAACGCAAGAAGAACUCGUUCCUCAACCACAAUGCCGAGCCACUGGAUGCGCCGCGGACACGACUACUUCUGUUCAUGCGGACGGUGCGCGACUCGCGGGCUCUCGGGUCGAUGGUGAAGUCGCUGCGAAUGCCAUACAUGACCCGAGAAGCCAGCAAGAGCGAGCUGGCACGGACGAUAUCAGUGCUGCCCAACCUCCGUUACGUCGACCUGCCGGCCGGGUUCUUCAGCGACGACGCCUCCUCCCUGACCCUGAAACAAGAGCUACUGGCCCGGUGCCCGGAUAUCAGACGAAUGAAAUUUGCCAAGGGGGCGGAGAGCAGUUUCUCGCGGCUGCCCAAGGUUAAAGGAUGGCCGAACCUGGAGGUGUUGGAGCUCUCGGGGCUGAACAUCGAGACCAACCUGCUGCGUAUGAUAUUGGGGUACUUUGAGCGUCUGACCGAUCUGCGAUUCGAGGACAUGCCGUGGCUGGAAGACACGGUGUUCAAGGCGGUGCCUACACUACCGCCCUUCCCGGCGCUGCAACGCCUCACCCUCACCGACACACCGAAGAUCACCAGCCGCGGACUGACAUGGUAUCUGAGCAGCAGCAGCAGCUCGCAGACACGCAGCGCCCUGCGACACUUGUCGAUGGUCAACACGGGCGUGGAACCGCAGCGACUGCACGAGGUUCUGGCGCAGGCACCGCUGCUAUCUAGUCUGUCGAUGCAGCAGGAAGUCACCCGCGAGUUCCCGCCCGACUACGUGCCGCCGCUGACCUCGAACUCGCUGCAGCUGCUGCACUACGAAAUCACCUCUGAGACCGGCUCGAGCUCGUUCGGCGCCCAGGCCCUGUCGACAUCGUACUAUACGUACCUGAUGUCCUCGCUGCUGACGGGCUCGCUGCCCAACCUGACGGACCUGUAUGUGCGCGACGCCAAUCUCCCCGAGACGCUGAUGCUGGCGCCGCCGCCGCCUGUGUUUGGGGACCCGAGCCGGCAGUCGCAGGCCAACGUCGGGCUGAACCAGGCGCUGUCCGUGUACAGCAAGGGGAUGGACGAGCUGGAGUGGAACUUUACGACGUACCAGCCGUUUGCAGAGGCCGGGAGACGCAUGAGCACGACGCGGCCGGUGAGUCUGCAUGGGGCCCAGCUGAGCCCGGCCUGGGGCGGCGAGGCGAGGAGGAGCGUGCUGGUCGGCAAUGGCUUUGGAGGGUUUCUGGCGGUGCCGGCGGAGGAGGAGCGGCGGCCAAGCACGAGCACGCGGUCGUCUGGGGGCCGUCGCGAGAAGCGAGACCUCUGGCGGUAA